AUGGAGAGAGGGAACACGAUUGGACCUAUGCUCGUGAAAGCCAUUAGAGAAGCGACAGUGUCGAUCGUUUUGAUGUCGAAGAACUACGCUUCUUCGAGCUGGUGCUUAGAUGAAUUGGUUGAAAUCUUGAACUGCAAAGAUGCUUCAGGGCAGAUCGUGAUGCCGGUUUUUUACGAAGUUGAUCCCUCUGAUGUUCGGAAACAGAAGGGAGAUUUCGGGAUCGCAUUCCAGAGAAGCUGUCAAGGGAGAACAGAGGAAGACAAGCAGAGAUGGAGCAAAGCUCUGACUGAUGAAGCUGCGAUGCUCGAAAAGCUUUCGACAGAUGUCUCAAACAAACUGAAAGUGGAAUUGAUCAAGGAACAAUUUAGGAGUCUCGAUGUAGACCAUAGUGGCUUCAUAUCUGUACCAGACCUUCGAUAUGCCAUGGAAUCUAUUGGGGAGAAAAUAACCGAUGAUCAAGUUAAAGAAAUGAUCCGAGAAGUUGAUUUGGAUGGCGAUGGUCGCCUCAACUAUGAUGAAUUCACCAAAGUCAUGAUGGCUAAGAUGUCUGAUGAAGAACGUGCGAGGGCCAAAAAGUUUGCCACUGAUGUUACACUGUCAAAGGAGGCAGAGGAAGAAAUGAGGGCAUUGUUUAUGUUUGGAGAUAUAGACAAGAAUGGUUUCAUAACUGAAGCAGAGUUUCGAUAUGUCAUGACAAGAGAUGGGAGCAAAAUAACCGAUGAUGAAGUUAAAAAUGCCAUCCAAGGAGCUGAUGUUGAUGGCGAUGGUCGGCUCAGCUAUGAUGAAUUCGUCAAAGUAAUGAUUAAGAUGGCUGCGAUGGUCAAAAAUUUUUCCACAGAUGUUCCACUGUCAAAGGAGGAAGAGGAAGAAAUGAGGGGAAGGUUUAUGUCUGGCGAUGUAAACAAUGAUGGUUUCAUAACUGCAGAAGAGCUUCUAUAUGCGGUGACAAGAGAUGGGAGCAAAAUAACCGAUGAUGAUGCUAAAAAUGCCAUCCAAGCAGCUGAUGCUGAUGGCGAUGGUCGGCUCAGUUAUGAUGAAUUUGUCAAAUACAUGAUGGCCAUGAAGAUGAUUGAAGAAGCUGCCAUGGGCAAAAAUUUGGUCACAAAUGUUAAAUUGUCAAGCGAGGAUGAGAAAUCACUGAGGGAAUUCUUUAUGGGUUUCGAUGUAGACAAUGAUGGUUUCAUAACUGCAGCAGAGUUUCAACAUGUGUGGAAAAAUGAUGGGAAAAAAAAAACCGACGAGGAUGCAUAUAAGGAUGCUUGUCGUCUCAUCAAAAAAUAUGAUGUUGAUGGCGAUGGUCGGCUCAACUUUGAUGAAUUCGUCAAAGUCAUGAUCGCAAUGAGGGCUAAAGCUGCGAGGGUCGAAAAAGUUACCGCAUAUGUCUCGCAAAAGGUUAAUAGAUUCGUCAAAUUCGUGGUAAAAACCUUGGUCUGA